UUGAUUAUUUAUUUCAAUAAUUUUAUUGAUUUAUAAAUUUUGUAUUUAACAAAUGGAAAACAUUCCACAUAUUUUAAUUCGUUAAUCUGUAAUUGAAUCAAACAUGUCAUCAAGUCGUUCAAAAUCGUCAAUUCUCGAUAAACCUUUGAGCAAAGGAAAAGGGGAAAUUUCUUUGGCUGUUUAUGCUCUUUUAUUUUCUGAAAUAGUCCAGUACUGUCAGAACCGUUCACAUUCUAUCCAAGAACUACAAAACAAGUUGUCUGAAAUUGGUCAAGAUGUUGGCACCAGAUUGUUAGAUCUAUAUUUUGUAAGGGAAAGAAAUAGUAAACGUGAAAUAAAGCUGUUGAACAUGCUUCUGUUUGUAAAAUCUACACUGUGGAAGGCUCUGUUUGGAAAGGAAGCAGAUAAAUUGGAACAUGCAAAUGAUGAUGAGCGAACAUAUUACAUAAUUGAAAAGGAUGCACUAGUAAACAAAUUCAUUAGUGUACCAAAAGACAAAGGCUCACUCAACUGUGCUACAUUCAAUGCUGGUAUUAUAGAAGCUGUACUAACAAAGAGUGGAUUUCCCGCUAAAGUUACUGCUCAUUGGCACAAAGGCACCACAUACAUGGUCAAGUUUGAUGAUUUGGUUAUAAGCAGAGACAAAUCUCUUGAUGAUCGUUAAAAAAAGUUUAUCUUAUCUAUGUAUUGUUAAGGUUUAUGUAUACAUGUAAUUGAUGUAUGAUAUGGUUGAUGUUUAAAGGUGUGUAUCUGUAAGUUACUAUGAAAUAAAUAUUAUAAAAAUUA